AUGGAUAGCGCUGGAGAUGCGGAAGGCAAUUUCUCAGUCAUAGGCCUAGUGGAAGAUCACACUGUUCCUGGUGGUUGGAGCGCUCAACCAGUAGCAGCUUUUAGAUAUGCUAACUCUUCGGAUCCAUUGCCGGAAUUAGUUGGAGGCAGCCAAAUCGCGUGGAUUGGAGGCAAGCCCCCAAUAGCUGAGCCUCCUUGUGGUUUCGAUGGCAAGAAAUGCUCCCUGCCCCAUGACCCUGGCGUGCUCUUCGCGGCUGGAGCAGUCGCCGCAGCCGCCGUCCUAGCAGCGGCCUUACUUCUUCGCCAUUAUAGAUAUGAGCAGAAACUUGCCUCCGUGCUUUGGAAGAUCGAGGCGAAAGAUUUGACUAUAAUUUCGGCUUGCAGUGAUAACAAGACUUCUAUACCUCAAGAAGUUGACACAAGACGAGCGCAUACAACGAUUGCUCUGUACAGGGGGAACAUCGUCGCUGUUAAGAAGCUCAAUAAAAAAAGCAUCGACGUAACUAGAGUUAUCAAAAAAGAACUAAAACAGAUCCGCGAACUGCGUCACGAGAAUCUGACUGCAUUCGUCGGUGUAUGUGUGGAGAGCGGAUCCGCAUGUAUCGUGUCCGCAUAUUGCUCGCGCGGAUCUUUGGCUAGAGUACUCGCAGACAGAGACCUUCUACUCGAUGACAUGUUCGUGGCCAAACUCGUUGCGGAUCUUCUCCGCGGACUAACAUAUCUUCACGAUUCUCCUCUCGUGUCACAUGGAAAUCUCACUUCGAGCAACUGCUUGGUGAACAGUGAUUGGGUAUUGCAGAUUGCGGAUUACGGAUUACAUACUUUAAAAAGUAUGGAAACAGAGGACGCACUUCGCUUGGAGAAGCGCAUGCUAUGGAGGGCACCAGAACUCCUGCGCGAUCCAAAUCCACCGCCCUGGGGCUCCCAAAAAGGGGACGUCUAUUCUUUUGGCAUUAUACUCUAUGAAAUUCUUGGACGAAGUGGUCCUUGGGGUGACACCAAUUUGACAAAUGACGAAAUAAUCGGCCGGGUCCGCCAUCCAAUCGGUGGCGUGCUGUUUCGCCCCCCGCUCAGCGGAUUGGCGGCACGACCGUCCGUGUUAGCCGUGUUGAACGCUUGCUGGAGCGAGCGCCCCGACCGUAGACCUGAUCUCCGACUUGUGUGGCUGCGGCUUAAAGAUAUGCAUGCUGGCAUGAAAACCAACACAUUCGACAAUAUGCUGGCCAUGAUGGAGAAAUACGCUUCGAAUCUAGAAGCACUUGUCGAAGAGAAAACUAAUAAACUAACAGAGGAGAAGCGAAAAACCGAUGACCUGCUACAUAGGAUGCUACCAAGGACCAUAGCAGAAGCUUUGAAACGUGGGGAACACAUCCAGGCGGAGAGUUACGACAGUGUGACCGUUUUCUUCAGCGACAUCGUUGACUUCUCGCAUCUCGUCGCUACGAGCUGCCCAAUGCAGAUUGUGGACGUGUUGCACGACCUGUACACAUGUUGCGAUGCUAUUAUUUCAUACUACAACGUUUACAAGGUGGAGCCUGUACGUGACGCGUACAUGGUGGUGGGCGGACUUCCGGAGCGUUGUUCCAAACACGCGGCGGAAGUGGCCUCAAUGGCCCUGCAUUUGCUAGAUGUUGUACCACAAAUCCGCAUCCGGCAUAAUCCAGUUGCCAGACUAAAUAUUAAAAUUGGCAUCCACAGCGGACAAUGCGCCGCAGGUGUAGUCGGCAUCAAAAUGCCGCGCUAUUGCAUUUUCGGUGAUACAGUCAACACAGCCGCCCGUAUGCAAUCCACAAGUGAUCCGCAAAAGAUACACGUCAGCCAUGACACUUACGUCAUGUUGCGAAAACAUGGCGGCUUUCACUUCAAGGAACGGGGAAUUGUCAAUAUAAAGGGCAGAGGAGAAAUAAAGACAUGGUGGUUAAUUGGAGAGGACCACGAAAGAAGACGGGCGCCAUUUUAUCGCUUUCAACCAGGUGUCAGCCGCAGUUCUGUAAGGGGAAGCUACGACGAAACUGGAUGGAGUACCGAGCGCUCUAUAUUGAAUAUUAGAGACAGAGCUCGUCUGUCUUGUGGUGGCUCUUUAGGUCCUGGAUCAGCGCUCUCUUCCCCUGGACCGCCGGCUUGCGCUUGCUUUGUUCCCCAAAGGGACCAUCACUCGGCUCCAGCGGUGUCAUUCUGCGAGGACUGA